CUGAGUCUUUUGUUACGCGGCUGAAAUCAGCUCGUUUCUCAAAGCCUCGCGCGCACACACGCACGCACACACACACACGCACACCCUUUAAUAAUGAGGUGUGAUUGUGUUGUAUCUGACUUCCUGUUUGUCUUCUGUCCCUCAGAGCACCGAUGUGUGGAGUCGGUCAAAAUACGCAACAAAUACCCCGACAGAGUGCCGGUGAUCGUGGAGAAGGUCUCCGGCUCUCAGAUCACGGACAUCGAUAAGAGGAAGUACCUGGUUCCCUCUGACAUCACAGUGGCCCAGUUCAUGUGGAUCAUCAGGAAACGCAUCCAGCUGCCUUCAGAGAAAGCCAUCUUCCUCUUCGUCGACAAAACCGUCCCACAGUCGAGUCUGACCAUGGGCCAACUCUACGACAAGGAGAAGGACGAGGACGGAUUCCUGUACGUGGCGUACAGCGGCGAGAACACCUUUGGCUACGAGAGCUUUUAUACAACACGUGGUUAAUACUUGACUGAAUACCGGUCCCACACACACACACACACACACACAGUGCACACCGUGUCACUUUGUCAUACGUAAAUAAUGCACUGACACACUUGGUAAAGUCAUUUACAGAUUUUUGAUACUGAAAAAAUACCCAUUUCUGAUGAAGCUUAGCAUUACCACAACACUUUGUUUAUUUGUUUAAUGUAUCGAGGCUCUGAGAUUAAGUCAUUCUUGAUAUUCUAAGUUGGACUUUUUUGGCCACAGUGACACAAGUGUAACACUGCCAUGAAGCAAAAGAAUAAUUAUGACCCCACGUAUUCGGUAGGCCAGUUCUCAUGAGGUUUAAAAACACUGGUGGUGCGUUCACACCUAACGCGAUGUGUUUAUUAUUUUAUUUUAUUAGUUAUAUAAUUAGUCAGGCAUGGAAGCGCUACAAUUCAAAUGUGAAAUAGGAUUUUUGUUUAACAGCAAUGUAGCAGAAAAGCUAAUUAGCACCUCGAUCUGGAUCGAGACCAGACUAGCUGUAGGGGUUAGCAUUAGCAUCAUGUGAAUAGUGGCUUGUUGCGUUUCCUUCCUUUACUCCUUCACUUCAGGUUGAAUUUAAGUUCAUUUGCUGCACUUUAUGACGGACAUAGUUAGCACUAGCAUUAGCCCUGGGGAAGGAGUUGUGUCCACUUGCUUCACGCCGUCGCUUCAGUUGCUCGAGUUUAAAUUUCUUUGACUCCGAGUGAUAACUUUUUGUUUUUUUUGUUGACGCCAUGUGGCCACAGCUAAGCAGCCUCUCUGUGUGUUGUUGUUUUCUUGUGUUCCGCUGCGUCAACAGAGAGAAAAUGUUGGUUUUACUUUACUUGAAGCAAAGUUAGCAUUAGCUUUAGCCCUGGGCAAGUAGUUGCGAAUUGUAUUCACUCCUUCACUUCAGUCGCUGGAGUUGAAAUAUUUGAAUUUACAGAUUUACAGCUGUUGGUUGCACUUUAUUAUGAAUGUAGUUAGCAUUAGCAUUAGCCCCAGGCAAGUAGUUGCUGGUUGUGUUGCUGGUAAUAACGUGCCGCUAGAUUAAAGCGACGCGUCGUGCUAUAGUUUAACGUGAGUGUGAUUUGAUUGUCACGUGACAUUUGUGUUUACCUGAAGUGAGAGAAUAAAAGUGUGUGUGUAAUCAUA